UAAUGGUUAACCUUUUUCAUUGCAUCCAAUUGCAUCUUAUUAAAUUGUUUGGUGUAAAGAUGCGAGAAAAGUAGAUAAAAAAAAAAAAUUAUGCAAAAUAAUAAUAAAAUUAUAAAAUACACGAGCAGCUGCAGAAGAAUUUAUAACCUCUAGCGUAUUUUCAAUGGAGAAUUCUAUUGACAGUUAAUAAACUCUGUGAUAUACAUAUGGCUAAAGGAAAAUUGCGAAACACAGAUGCUAGUAAUAAUAAGAUAUCACCAUCGUCGAACGGUGGAUUUAAGGGAUCAGAAAUGUAUACUACCGAAUUUGAAAUUAACGAAACUCCACCAACAGCUCGUACAUUACUUACAAAAGGUUUCAUUCAAGAUGAAAUUAAUGGAUUCUCAGGUGCAACUGUUUCUACGCGUGGUCGAUUCAUGACAGAAUCAGAAAAGCAACGUUGUACAAAUGAAAGACCACUUUAUUUGUAUAUACAGGGUCACACUAAACGCAACAUUGACAUGGCAAUUCAAAAAAUUAACGAAAUCAUCAAAACUGAACAUAGAAGUUCCUUAAACAGACCAAGUAGAUUUACAAAUGCUCCACCACCGCUUAUGAGUUUACAUUCUGGAGUUCCUUCUGUCGAAAAAAUUUGUGUUGGAAUUGAAAAUGCUCCAGAAGGUUUUGGAUUGCGAGGUCGUAUUAUUGGUGCUGGCGGAUCAAAUUUAUUGUAUAUUCGAGGCGAAACUGGAGCUACAGUUACACUUAGAGGUCGUGGAUCACAAUUUAUUGAUCCUGCUUUGGGUACAGAAUCACCGGAACCUCUUCAUCUUUAUAUCGAACAUCCAAAUCCCCCUGUAUUGCAAAAUGCAAAACAAUUGGCAAUUAAUUUAAUACAAACAAUGCAAUCGGAACUACAGUCAUAUAUACAGCAACAACCACCCCCUGUACAGUCACAACAAGUAAUGCCCCAGCCACAAAUACAACAAAUUCAACAAGCUCAAUUUCAAACAAUGAAUAUUGGUGCUGUAGGACAACCCAAUGUUGUCACUAUACAACAUCAAGACAUAAUCCAACAUCCUCAAAAUAGUGUUGUCACUUUACCAGCCACUAUUCUUACGGCAACUGUAGCCGGUACUCCUGGACCUGGAAUGCAUUCAGGACCCAUGCAACCAACUGAUCAUGCUCAACAGGAGUUGCAGACAUUCGUUCCUCCACCGUCAGUUAGUCAAGUGCAACUGAUAGGACCUCCGCCAACAAUAAGUCAAGUUCAGUAUCAAAUACAUCCGGGACAACCCCUUCAAAUUCAAGGAUUGCCACCCUGUUCCGAGAGUCCCUCACAGCCAGUAACCCAAAUGUACGUCAUGAGUCAACCACCACCUCAGAGUCCAAUUCAUCAGGGUUUCGUUUCCGCCAGCAGUGCACCACCUGCUGCCGUCUCCUACGUCUACACUCAACCCAGUCUACAAAGAUCCUCCACUCCUUCGCGCGUUAUCGAAACUGUCAACGUCAAUCUCCAACAACCUCCGCCACCUCCACCACCACCACCCGCCAAUCAUCAUCAUCAUCAUCCUCCUCCAUCGCUUCUUCAUCUACAUUUUCCGCCACCAUUUCCCCCCAAUCAACCACCGCCUCCAAUUCCACAAACCUAUCAAAUCCAAUAUCAACAAGUUCCCGCCUCCGUCUCACAGGGACAGACACAAUUUGUCCUUCAAACUAGCGGCGAACCUCAACAACUCGAUCAAAAUCAUGAACAACAUCGAAUACAAUUCGAGGGACAACCACCGCCUCAUAUACAUCUUCAUGGACCACCGCCUCCUCCACCGGGAGCUGGUGGAACGGGACAAACUUAUUUGGUACAGGAAACGUCAAGCACGCAGAUGCAACAACCACCGCUUCCUGACGUUCAUCAACGUCAGGAGAUUGUGCAAUCUGCUCCUCCUCAACCUGUUCCACCGCCGAGAAUGGUUCCACCGCCACCGACGAUUGAUUCGAUUCAACAUUCUGUUAAUAUGCUAACCAGUGUUCCGCCUCCUACUCAUGCACCACCACCACAAGCGCCAUGGCUUUAUCAGGGGCAACAAAUUCCAGUUGCUUCUUCGCAACCUCAACUUCAGAUGCAAAUUCCGGCACCAAAUUUACCACCACCAGAGGUUCAAGCACAGAUGCAUUAUCACGCUCAACAAGUGCAAUAUCACAAUGGACAAAUACAAGCUCAAGUUCAUUAUGCACUUCAGCCACCGCAUCAUAUGGAGCCAAAACCCGAAUUGUCUGAUCAGCACAAAUUGCAAGGAGUUAAGCGAAGAUUUUCCGAUCUUGAAGGUGUUGAGGAAUCACCAAUUCAUCCGGGAAUGCGACCACCUUCUCAACGUCAUGGCAUGGGAGAUGAAGAUCGUCAUCGGGCAGUUCUACACAGUUCCCCAUCUGCGGCUGGUUUGGGUCCAUCAUCCGAUGAUCGAGUCAAGCCUCAUCCAUCCACACAUCCAGGUGAUAAACGAAAUGGUGAUCAGUCUAUGGGUGCUGUUACUUCAGAAGGCCAAGAAAAUGUAUCAAAUCUGGAUCCUGGUAAUUCAUCGGGUCUAGGACAUGGACCUGUUUCUCUUCCGCUUCCUGCUCCACAAGGACCUUGGCCAGGGAAUUUUGCAAGGAUACCUUAUGCUCGACCGCCAGCGCCUCCGGGUCCUAGAGAGGAACAUCAUCCUCAUUAUCGAGCUCCUCCGCCUGUUAAUCUUCCUCCUCCGAGGCUGAGAAUGAUUCGAGGUCCCAAUGAUGAUAGUCAAUCCGUUUGUCAAAUUGGAAUUGGAGAACAACCCAUUGAAUAUGAACAAAUACAAUCGUAUUCGGGUAAACCUCUUCCGAAUAAUCCACUUCCUUUGAUGCAUUCCAUAUGUGAUCCACCACCGCCUCCUCCACCACCUCCAGUAACGCCAUCGGUUCACGGUGCUCAAAUGCGUCCACAGCAUCAUCUAAUGCAAAACGCUCAUCAUUAUCAACAGCCGCCCGUUUCACACGCAUUUCAACCUCCAACGGGAUGUCCUCCUUGGAUGAAUUGAACAAAAAGAUAUACAUAUUUGUCUAUAUAUAUAUAUAUCCAAUAAACACAUACAUAUAAAUAAAAUUAUACUACCAAUAACAAUUUCUAAUUGUGAUUAUGUAACUAGAAAAAAAAGUCUUUGGGCAGAUCUACGGGUAGCAAAUAUUGUCAAAUUUUUAAUCUUAACUCGCUUUGAUGAUUCUUCAAAAUGAAAAAUAAUAUUCAAUCAUUAGAUAACAUCGUUAA